GGUCCCCGCUACACUUAUUUUCGUUGCUCUGUCAAAGGUGCAAUUUCUCUUCUCUAGAAAUUGUGUUGGUGUGGUUGGUGUGCUGUACAGGUUGUGUGCAUUCCCAGCCCCGAGCAGCAGUUUAUCUCGUCGAAGAAGGGAAGUGUUCUCUGGGGAACUGUCGUCUGAUAUGGGUCGAGUUAUCUCACUGCAGCUGCGCUGUGCCGUGCUCUUCUCCGUUGUGUCACUGCAUCGACAGAAUCAGUGACGGAAUUUAAGCCUAACAUCUCCUUGAUAUGAUACCUCGUCGAGACAACACUUGUGUACACCGACCAUCGCACGCGCUAACAUCAUGUCGAAAGGAUUUGCGGCUUUUCGCAAGGAGUCCCAGGAGGGGCUGCAUUCGUUGAGUGUUGAGGACGAGCUGUUUACGGCUGAAGUUGAGGACGACUACGAUGCUCUCAACGACGAGACGUUUGGAGGCGGUCUUGAUGAUGGCUGGGAGGAGGCGCACGAGAAGUUUGCUGAACUUGAAGAUCGAGCCAGGCAGGAUUCCUCCAUGGUGGAUUUACUGGUUGAUGAAGACCCUCUUUUGUUGAACCAGGAAGUGGUUGAGCAAAGCAUCUCUCACCUUGGCCUGGAAGAUGACCGAGACGAUGACCCGGCUAUCAAGUCUUACUCCGAAUUCACAACAUAUCCAUGGCCCAUUGAACGGGGGGGCCGCCCCUGUUCCUCACCACCACCACCACCGACGACGACACUGCAACAUUUUGGCGGUUCGCCCAAGACCGACACCAUCUGGACACCCAAGGCCGUCUAUCCCUCAUCCACCGAAGACCGACUUACUUCCCUCCUCUGGAAACUACAGCAGCAAAGCUCCUCCACGCAGGUGCUGUCCCAGCCUCGAAGAUCGUCUUUGCCGCCCAAUGUGCACACGCUGGAAGAACUCGAACGUGACAUGCUGCAUUCCGGUGGUAGCCCUCCAGUGCCGAUUGGGAGAGGCAGGGGCUGGGUGGCGGGCCAUGCUGAACACGAGGUGGCCGGAUACCCAUGUAGGAGCACUCCUCCCGGUCACCGGGGAUCAUCGGCUGAGCAUGGCACUGGAGGAGGAACACUGCCUGCUGCCGCUUUCAGUGCCCAGCAGUACCGUUUCAACCCAGGCCGGCCAGCGUACCCACCACCACCACCAACCAGUGGUGUGCCAGCAAAGCCCAGCCAGCUGGAUAUGUCCCCCCCUGCCAGGACACCCGGGCUUGUCCAUGGCUGCAUGUCACCGGGUAAUUACUCGCCUAGCUUCGGAAGCCGACUGCCAAUGCCUCCUGGGCCUCAUCCCUUGCUAGGACGUGGCAGGGGGGUCAUAAUGGGUCCAUCCAUGUUACUCAACAGCACAAUGCAGAACCACAUGCCACUGCAAAGCAACCUGCCCUUCAGACCUGGAUUAAGCAGUGGUAUGGACCUUCGGCGCCUCCUCUACCCUCGACAGGUUCAACACCCACUCCUAAAUAAGAACCACUUUGCAUUGUCGGCUGGUGCUGGACUUUACCAGCAACAUGCAUACCAGACAGUAUUUGGCCAGAGCAGCUUGCCGCAUGAAGGCUCCCAACAGCCCAGCCAUCACACCUAUGUUCGGCCACAUGGCAGCCUGGAUAACCGUGACAACUCAUUGUCAGGCGACAAUUUGGACGACCCUUAUGCCGGGCUCAUGACGCAAAAAGAAAAGGAUUGGUUAGUCAAGAUUCAGCUGCUCCAAGUGCAGUCGGAGAACCCAGAUGUGGAUGAUUACUACUAUGUGAUGUUCACCAAAAGGAAGGCAGAACGACAAGAGUCUUCUGGUGGAGGGGAUGGUGACAAACCAAAGUUUAUUCGACCAGAACGAGUGCGCACAGAAUCCAAAAGCUACACGCCAAUCCAAUUUGAGCGGUCGUUGGGGAAGUUGCAAGUGGUUAGUGUCAACUACCCACGCAAGAUCCUUGACAUGGGGGUUCAGCGACUGUCCGAGGACGAAGAUCGCAAGGUCCCUCCAGAUCGGCACUUGUUAUGGUUCCGCCAACUACUGCUUGACAUCGAAAAGCUCUAUUGCGCAGUUCUGGAGUACGAGGAUGGCAGCUGCUGUGCAGAGCGUCAACUAGAAAUUGCAGAAAAGCUUUUCACUGAGGUACAACCCUCGGAAGAACGCUUCAUCCAAAUGGUGGGUGUGCGAAAAGGUCGCUCCCUGGUGCUUCGUGUGCUGCCCAAAUUAAAAGUUGAACACCAGGUAGCAACAUUGGCAGCCCUGCUGCGUCACCUAUCGUGGUUACAGCACAAGGACAGGCACGAUGGCACCCUGGAACGAGGGCUGCGCAGUGCCUUGGCAGUCAUUGAGCACGCUUCUCUCAAUGACCUCAUUCAACUGGCGGCCAGCUUGCUCAUGAACCCAGACGCUGCGUUUCCCAGCACAUUUGCUCUCCGUGUGGCCUGGGCUAUUGUAGCACAAGCAGAACAAUGUUUUCAAUGCGAAGAAGCUGGCGAGACAUUCACCAAUGAAGUUCACAAGAAAUGGGCAAAGCUGCUUUCUGAAAUGGUAGACUUGCUCAUUGCCUCAGUCAAGAAGAACGACAAUGGCCAAGAUGUCACGAGUGACCACUACAGCGCCGCAGUGCAUCUGCUGUUUCCGCACGAGCGUCGUGCCCUCGCAUCACAGCUGCAGCGAUUUGCAAUAAAUUCUCAGCUUGCCAGUGAGCUGACCUCUGGUGCAAAGUCUAACAAGGGGUCAGAGCUUCAUCAGCAGAAUGGACUUGGUGACAAAGAUACGUUUCUCUACUGUGGUGAUGAACCCGUAACUGCUGUUCACUAAGCUGCGCACAUUUUGUGCUCAGUUGUCUUUCUACUACACUUGAAGGGAAUGAAGGAAAUUUUAUCUCUCUGCUAGGAUCAUUAGAAAAGGCAACUAUUUUUGAAUCGGGCACCUACUUUACCCCUCUUUCUCUUUUUUGUAAAUCUCCAUUGGCAUCUUCAAGUGACUAUGGAGGAAUGAGCAGCAUCUCUCUCUCUCCCCCCCCUCCUCUGCUCAAGAUGGUCAGGGAUGUAUGGCAAUCGCUUAACUCAACUGUGGUGUCAGGAAUGCCGUCAUGUCUACGCAGGCCUGCUAGGCUGUUUUUAUUUUAACUGGACUGUCAAAGGUUGACAAGAUUGGAGGGUCUUCAUGGACAAAACUCGAGCUCUUUUACCUUCUCCAAGUAAAUUGUUACCUCAAGCUAUAACAGUGAGCAAAUCUUUUGCUACCAGUCAUUGAAACGUAUCUGAGAGCUAUGAAGAUUUUUCAUCUUCUAUGCACAGCUUUGGUCAUGGUAUUAUGGUACAUAUGAUAUACUUAUGCUGUUCGUAUUGUUCCUCAUUUUCAGAGUCUGCGUUGCUGUGCAGUUUGCUCAUCAUGUGAACCAAGCUAAAUUUAGUUCUCUAUUCUAUUAGUAGAGUAAGCAAUCUGAGGUGUAAUAUAUUUUAUGCCCAAUAUUUAUUGUGAAAAAGAGUAUCUGGCUUUUGUGGGGUUGUACUUUGACAUCUGAGGAGCCUUUGUGUAAAAAGAAAGGCAUCACUUCUCAUGAUUAUGAGACAUUUUGAUGCAUUGUGAUAAAAAGCAGAUCCCUUUUCAGUGCCGCAUCUUUCAAUCCUCCACAGCUGUAUCCUCAAGGGCCCCCAUACAUUUGCUUCAGGGGUUGCCUUCUUUUUUGAUCGAGUACAAGAGUUUCGAUGUUGGUUUUUUGUCAGAUGUUCUUAUCACCUCAUUUGUGACAUUGCACUGUUACAUUGCCAGUUAUCAUUCAUAACUGGUCAUUAUAAGGAUAGAGCUUAAAGUUAGAUUUGUUCAUUUUUUUUAUGCUUGCAAAUUCUGCUUGGUUCAUUAGAGCACAAUAAGCACUGUUCAGACUGGGGCAGUGUUAGCCCAUUCCUUUUUUCACUGGCUUCAUUAACCUGUGCAUUGUUUGCUUGUAGUAAAUAGAGAACAAUUAGCGUCAAAAGAUGUUUUCACUUUGUUUGUUUUUUUUUAUUGUGAGAACCUAUCACUGUACAGUUGCAAAUAUUGGUUUCAAUAUAAAAAUUUGUUGCUCAUUU